AUUGACAAUGAAACUCAGCAAUAUUUGUUAUCAAUCCUGACCCUCGGCAAUGAAGUUAUCUUAAAAAACCAUCAUCAAAUGAUGUUAUCAAUCAGAAAAGCACAGAAGUAAUGCAUUUUUUCUCACAUCCUUCGGAGUAUCUUGAUCAUAAAUGGUGUACGCCAGCUUGACAGGAGUAUUCCUAAGAGCAGUGGUGCUGAUGAGCCUCAGGCCAAUCAGUCUAGAAGGCAGAAUAACGUUGCCAGCCAUCCGCUCAAUAAAUUUGUACAGCUGAAACAAAACUAUAUCUCCCGAAUAAUUACGCAGUUACGCGAGAGGUUAGGGAAUCAUAUUGCGACUAAAUUGGCCUGAAUGCUCUUGAAGAUCAUUCGAUAUUCUCUCUCGAGUGCUAUUGGACGAGAUCUAGGGGUUAAAAAAUCGGUUGAACUUGGUGGAGUCAGAUUAUUUGUCACAGAGAUGAGUAAAAAGGCGAUUUUGCUGAUGGGGGAUGGAGCUGAGGAGAUGGAGGCUGUCAUAACUGCUGAUGUACUCAGGAGAGCUGGGGUUGCUGUUACUAUUGCUAGUAUCACUGGGAGGGAGUGUGUCAAGUGCUCCAAAAAUACGAAAAUCUGUGCUGAUGCUCUACUGGGGGAUGUCGUGCCGGCUAAUACUUAUGAUGUCGUUAUUCUACCUGGGGGACUUGGAGGAUCUGAGGCACUUUCUCAGUCAAAAGAAGUGGGAGAGUUAUUGAAGACCCAGGAGCAGGCUGGAAGGAUUAUUGCAGCAAUAUGUGCAGCUCCAACAGCUCUGAAGGCACAUGGAAUUGGUCUCGGGAAAAAGAUCACUUCUUACCCAGGAAAAAAGGACCAAUUAGUUGGGGAUUAUAAUUACCUCGAGGAAACCGUUGUUGUCGAUGGUAAGUUGAUCACCAGCAGAGGACCAGCCACUACAUUUGCAUUUGCACUGACCAUUGUCUCCGAACUACUUGGAAAAGAGGCUGCCCUGCCAAUUGCCAAGGCAAUGCUCUACAACGAUUUCAAAUAAAGGAGAAGAAUGGAAUAAAAAAAAUCCAGUAGCCAACUGACGAAACAGAAUAUCAGCAGAAAAUCCACAGUGCAAAGCUGUUUCAUCACUUCACCGCUGGAUUCCCAAUUGUUUCCCAUAAACUGUAGUUAUUUUCACCGAAAAAAACAAGAGUAGUUUUUCAACCAACAUAAUCCAUAUUAAAAUUAUCGAA